AUGGAAAUGGAAUUAGUUGAGUCUCAACCCAAAAACGACAUCGUUUUACAAGAAGAACAACAAGUCAUUGACAUAGCCGGUAAUGUCACCGGAAACGAGCCAGAGCGGUCAUUUUCGUUUGUACUCUGUUUCAGUAACCUCACUUACAGUGUCAAGCUUCGUCGUCCGAACAAGUUCAACGUAUUCCGGCGGAGAACGGCCGUACCUCCGGAAGAGAAAACGAUUCUGGAUAACAUCUCUGGAGAAGCUUAUGACGGAGAGAUUCUGGCACUGUUGGGAGCAAGCGGUUCGGGAAAAACGACAUUGAUCGAUGCUCUUGCUAAUCGAAUUGAGAAAGAGAGCUUGAAAGGAACCAUAACUCUGAACGGAGAGUUCGUAGACUCGCGGCUCUCGAAGGCCAUUACUGGGUACGUAAUGCAAGAUGAUCUCUUGUACCCGAUGCUUACGGUGGAAGAAACGCUCACUUUCGCGGCGGAGCUCCGGCUUCCGAGGUCGCUGCCCAAGUCGAAGAAGAAGGCACGAGUUCAAUCUUUGAUGGAUCAGUUGGGGCUUCGAAACGCUGCCAACACCAUAAUCGGCGACGAGGGCCAUCGUGGAGUCUCCGGCGGAGAGAGGAGACGAGUUUCGAUCGGUGUCGACGUGAUUCACGACCCGAUUCUUCUGUUCCUAGAUGAACCCACUUCGGGACUCGACUCCACUAGUGCGUUCAUGGUGGUGAAAGUCUUGAGAAGAAUCGCCGAGAGUGGAAGCCUCAUCGUUAUGUCCGUACACCAACAGAGUUACCGUAUUCUUGGCUUGCUCGACCGUUUGAUCUUCCUCUCCGGCAGGAAAAUAGCUUACAGUGGUUCUUCCACGAACCUUACUGAAUUUUGCUCUGCUUUCGGCCACCCGAUUCCGGAAAACGCUAACCAAGUCGAGUUCAUGCUCGAUAUGAUUUCCGAGCUCGAAGCUUCUCCUACCGGAAUCUCCAGCUUGGUGGAGUUUAACAAUCUUUCCAGCUCCGGCGCCAACUAUCGUCAGGCUCCGCUACUCAAAGAAGCAUUAAAGGCGGGAAUUUCCAAAGGAAAGUUCAUAACAUCUAACAACGACAGCAUAAGCAGUCCGAUCAACGGAAAAGUCUCCGGUAUCCGAAAAUUCGCGAACCCCAUAUGGAUUGAAACGCUGGUUCUGACGAAGCGUUCGCUGCUCAAUUCUCGGAGAACCCCAGAACUAUUCGUGACUCGUUUGAUCACAGUUUUAACCACUGGUCUUUUACUGGCCACCAUUUAUUGGCGUCUCGACGAUUCUCCAAAAGGGAUUAGAGAACGAAUGGGAUUCUUCGCUUUCGCCAUAUCCACCACUUACUUCUCGAGCUGUCAGUCUCUUCCUCUCUUGCUCCAAGAACGAUUCAUCUUCACCAGAGAAACCGCCUUCAACUCGUACCGAAGACUCUCCUACGCUCUCUCCCAAGCUAUAACAAUCCUCCCACUCCUACUGGUUCUCUCGCUCGCGUUCUCGACGGCGACGUUUUGGGCAGUGGGACUCGCCGGAGGACUCUGGGGCUUCCUUUUCUACCUAUGCAUCGUCUCGGGUUCGUUCUGGGCCGGAAACUCGUUAGUCGUAUUCCUCUCCGGGUUGGUACCUCACGUGUUGGUCGGGUUCACGGUGGUGGUGUCCGUCUCCUCCUACUUCCUCCUCCUGAGUGGAUUCUUCAUCAGUCGGAAUCGGAUUCCCGAUUACUGGGUUUGGUUCCAUUACCUUUCUCUGAUCAAGUACCCAUACGAGGCUGUCAUGAGGAGCGAAUUCGAAGACCCGGCAAGGUGUUUCAAGCGAGGAGUGGAUAUGUUCGAUGGCACGCCGUUUGCUAAUGCACCGGCCGCCGUGAAGGAGGUGGUGUUGGGGAACCUGAGCACGGCGGUGGGAAUCAAUGUGACGAGCACCACGUGUUUGAAGAAUGGAUUGGAUGUGCUGAAGGAAGUGGGGAUCACUGAGCUGAGUAAUAAGUGGGAAUAUUUGGCUAUUUUGGUAGCUUGGGGAUUGUUUUAUAGGAUUCUCUAUUACAUUUCUUUGUUGAUUUUAUGGAAAAAUAAGAGGAAGUAAAUUUAGUGUAAUGGCUUUUGGGAGUGUGUUUAUGUAUGAUUUUAUUUAGUUAUUAAUAUUGUUAUUAGUGUUUACAAGC